AUGGCUGGGUCUAGUGAUGCCAUCAUUGUUGAGGCCGGCUCACAUAAAUCGCCUGUGACUGAUACCAAGUUCACUGGGGAUGAUGUGCCUAGGCGUGCUGAUGGAGUGACGGGGUUAUAUGAAGGAAAUGUCUUCGAAGCAUCACCCGAGAACCGUCGCCAACUCGGUGUUUUUAGUGCAUCCCUUCUGAUUUUCAAUCGAGUGAUUGGAACAGGUAUCUUCGCUACACCGGGUACGAUCCUGGCCUUGUCUGGCAGUGUUGGCCUGUCGCUAUUCAUGUGGGUUUUCGGAACUGCGAUUGCCAUGGCUGGCACAGCGGUGUAUCUGGAAUGGGGAACUGCGAUUCCAAAAAAUGGCGGCGAAAAAAACUACCUCGAAUACGUGUAUACCAAGCCCAAAUUCCUCGCAACGGCCAUGUUCGCCGCCUAUGCUGUCCUACUUGGCUGGGCAGCUAGUAACAGCGUCGUCUUCGGUGAAUAUAUCCUCCACGCAGCAGAUAUCGAGGUGGGCAGAUGGAACCAGCGUGGAGUUGGAAUGGCGUGUCUUUCGGCGGCUUUCCUUAUCCAUGCCGUUGCUCUGAAAUGGGGUAUUCGUCUUCAGAACUUGCUUGGUGUUGUCAAGUUGAUUAUUAUUCUCUUUAUUAUUGUUUCUGGGUGGGUUGCGUUGGCUGGUCACACCAAGGCUCCGACACCGCAUAACUUCUCGGAUGCUUUUGCUGGAACAAAAGGGAGUGGGUAUAGCAUUGUCAUGGCGCUUUAUAACGUGAUCUGGUCGUUCAUUGGGUAUUCGAAUGCUAAUUAUGCCUUGAGUGAGACGAAGAAUCCGGUUCGCACGUUGAAGAUUGCGGCGCCUUUUGCUAUUGGCUCUGUGGGCAUUCUAUACAUGCUUGUGAACAUCGCCUAUUUCGCUGCUGUCUCCAAAGAGGAAAUGCUCAGCUCGGGCAGUGUUGUCGCGGCCGUGUUCUUCGGAAACAUGUUUGGCAAGCAGGCCGAGAAGGUCAUGUCGGUCUUUGUGGCGCUUUCUGCGUUUGGAAAUGUGUUGUCCGUGAUAUUCUCCCAGGGUCGAAUUGUCCAGGAGCUUGGCCGUGAAGGCAUCUUGCCCUUCUCGAAGAUCUGGGCUAGCAAUUGGCCCUUCCACUCUCCGGCAGCAGGCCUGCUUGAGCAUUACAUUGUUUCUGUCAUCAUCAUGCUUGCUCCUCCUCCAGGUGACGCAUACAACUUUUUAGUCAAUCUGAUCUCAUACCCCCUCUCUAUUGUCAACUUCUUUGUCUCCGCUGGUCUUGUUUACAUCUACAUCACCAAAGAGAAGAAGUUCCCCAACUGGGCCCCGGGCAUCCGUGCCACACUCCCCGUCACCAUCUUCUUCAUGCUGUCGAAUCUGUAUCUUGCAAUUGCACCAUAUGUACCCCCAAGCGAAGGCCAAAAUGUGUACGAGGAGCUACCGUACUAUCUGCAUUGUGUGGUGGCCCUCGGUCUGUUUGCUGCGGGUGCAAUCUACUACCUUGUCUGGGCUGUGUUGUUGCCAUGGUAUGGGGGAUAUGUGCUCAUUAAGGAAUCUGUGGUCGAUGCGGAUGGAUGGUCUCGAAGUGUUUUUACGCGACUACCAGUGGCUGCAGCAGAGAGUUCUUAG